CUUCCGCGCAGCGGGUGCUCUGCUUUCCAGGACCUGCCAUCCGCUGUGGAGCACUGGACAGGGCCCAGGCAGCAGAGGGGCAGCUGCCGAACCUGCCCUGUUCGGAGCGUGACCUGGGGCCGGACUCACACGCUGCCGCCUGCCUCCUGAGUUAUUUUCUGUUUUCUGCUGCUGCAGGGGGAGAGGCACACGCAGCCUCCUUUGGCCUCUGCUACCCAGGACGACGGCACGCUCACAACUCUGGAUUCGCGCCGGUGCCCCCGUUUCCUCCCCGGGAUGGGCCUCGCAGCUACCGGCUGCAGCACAGGUGCGGCCCUGCUCCAGGUGCAGGAAGCAGGAUAAGGCAGGGCCGUGAGGUGGGCUCACCUGGACCUGUCCUAUGGGCCUCUCCCAACACCGACCCCUCCGAGCGUCUCACCUGCCCGGCUGGAGCCUCCCGCACUACCACCGAGAAUGAGCGGCGAUGUGCUCUAGCCUCCCCUAGCAGCGUCGCUCUCCCUGACGCACAGCAGCUGACCGGGACUUGGGGUUUCUCGGAUAAGUAGCAACGCCGGUGGUCAGCGAUGACUGUCCAGAGACUUGUGGCCGUGGCUGUGCUGGUGGCCCUGGUCUCACUCAUCCUCAACAACGCAGCAGCCUUCACCCCCAACUGGGUGUACCAGACGCUGGAGGACGGGCGCAAGCGCAGCGUGGGGCUGUGGAGGUCCUGCUGGCUGCUGGACAGGGGCCGGGGAGGGCCGGGCCCCGGGGCCAGGGCCGGCCAGGCGGACACACGGGACUGCGAGGCACUAGGCUGGGGCUCCGAGCUGGCCGGCUUCCAGGAGUCCCGAGGCACCGUCAAACUGCAGUUCGACAUGAUGCGCGCCUGCAACCUGGUUGCCACAGCGGCGCUUGCCGCAGGCCAGCUGACCUUCGUGCUGGGGCUCGUGGGCCUGCCCCUGGGGUCCCCUGACGCCCAGUGCUGGGAGGAGGCCAUGGCUGCUGCGUUCCAGCUGGCGAGUUUUGUCCUGGUCAUUGGGCUGGUGACUUUCUACAGAAUCGGCCCGUAUACCAACCUCUCCUGGUCUUGCUACCUGAACAUUGGUGCCUGCCUUCUGGCCACCCUGGCAGCAGCCAUGCUCAUCUGGAACAUUCUGCACAGGAGAGAGGACUGCAUGGCGCCCAGGGUGAUCGUCAUCAGCCGCUCCCUCACCGCAAGGUUCCGCCGAGGGCUGGACAACGAGUACGUGGAGUCACCGUGCUGAGUCCCCUUCUCAGGGCUGUGAAGAUCCCCUGUCACAGGAGAGUCUAGCAGCCGAGGGACUCUGCCAAGUCACCGUCUCUGCCUGUGCACAGGCACGUGCCGAGUCUGGGUUCCCCGUGUACACACACGUACGAUACACA